GAAUUGUGAGUCAAUUGGGUGGACCGAACCAGUUUGUGGGAAUGCAUGUACGUGUGGGAGAUGGUAUUUUCAAGUUACGUGCGUCGAUCUUGGUAGAUGAUAUCUUUCAUCAAUUGGUAGAUCAAUUUACAGAUUUGUCUGUGGAGCAAGUGGAGGCCUAUGAAGGCGGAGUUGAACAACAUGAAAUGGAUCGCACAGAAUCCACUGAAUAUGAAAUUAAAUUAAGAAGUUUCCAUCCUGUGGUGGAUGAAUCUGCCAAUCAUGCUAAACCAAUCGAAGCGGGUAACAAUCGACAUAUUGAGGAUAAAGAUCCGAAUAUUGCGAGUCGACUGAAAUGUCAAGCGGGAGAUGACGUCACGCAUCGAUUUAGAAGCACAGUAGUCUACAUAGCAACAGAUGCACCGGAUCCAAGAAACCAUCCACUUUUACGCAAGAUCUUCAAGGUGUUCCCCUGCACAUUUAUCCUUUCAGAUUUCAUGAACGAAUUGGACGAUAUCAAGCAGUUGCAGGUGGUAGAAGAAAGGGUGAAAUUAGAGUCAUAUUUAAUUCCGAUGGUAGAUGCUAUGAUAUCUGCUCAUGGACAUACAUUUUUGGGUACACCUCAUAGUACUUUUACAAGUUAUAUUGAACGACAACUCCAUCCUGUGUAUACGGGUAAAGAAGUUCAGGUGAUGGGUCUAAUAGAUUAUUUGAAUUCCACAAAAUAGAUCGAUCGAAAUAAUCAUUUUCAAAAAGUAAAUAAAAAGUGGGUUACCAGGCGACAGUGGCAAUAAUUCGUUUUAAACAAUCGAUCGAAAAAAAAGGGAGUUUGGAAUUAUUUUUAAUUAUAAAAUGUUCUACUUUUUUUUUUUUUCUUCUUCUUCUUUUUUCUGUAUCAUAUUCUUUCCCUUCUUUUUAUUUUAUUUUAAUAUGUUUACUGAACCCUAUCCGAAUGAUAUGAAUUUUUCAUGUAAUAAAAUUGCUUUAUG